GGUACAAUGUAGCCGGAGAGCGAGGCGUCAUCGCCAGCGCAGCGGCCAAGGCGGCGCGAGCUGCGACCGUUUGCCGAUACUCUGGGCUCUUUGCGCGCCGAUAGGACCACUAAACUUGCGUAUAUACUUGCUCGCCGAGUACAGCGAGCAGAUAUUAGUCCAGUGCUAGUUAGCCGAGGGAGCCAUGGACAUCAGGAAGAAGAAGCGCAAGCUCACCGCUGGAACCGGCCCUAAAAAGCCCCACAAUCGGCAGAAGACCACGCUGCUGUCGAUAGUCAACCCAUGGGACGUGGAACUCGCCAACGUCGAGCCGACCAACUUGGCAGGCAGGCACUACUGCUCCGUGGGGACGCUGCCGGAGCAACCGUCCUCGCCAACGACCGGCUGCAGGACGCCCUGGCCCUGGUACAAGCCGGCACUCUCCAGCCAGCUGGCCGGCUCGUCGCCUGCGCAACCUCUACCCGCCCGACUCGACAGGGCGUCUCCGACAGAUGCCGGGCCCGGAAUGUCUCCGGAUGUUUCAAUCGAGCUCUCCCGCUUUGAAGACGGGCACGGCGGCUCGAGCCAUCAAGAGCCGAGGGGCUUCGCGGACAGGACUCGGGAGACCGAUGUUGUUGCCGCUGCUGGUGGUGGCCCGAGCACGACAAACAACACCGACAACUCUCUCGUCUCCCUCAUUGAGCAGCUCGUCUACUCUAGGUACAAAUCGACGCCGCUGGUUCAGCGAAAGUUCGCCCACCGGAGGAGGCCCCUUGCGUUGCCGAGCAUCAAUCGAACAGAUGAUAGCGUCGAGCUGUUGGAUUACAAUGAUCUAUCAAUGAAAGGCGUAAAAAUCGUCAAGGCAAAGGAAAACGAUAACAAGAACCAUCAUCAUCGUCACCACCGCCAUCACCACGAGGUACCUCGGAUCAGUCGUAACAGAAGAUUAAGUUUAUCCAUGCCAUCUAAGCUCGAUGAAAUGGAGGGAGUUCGAAUCCAAAGCAACGAGAAGAACGGCUCGCCGAAAUUCCGUAGACGCGGGAGCGAAAGCAGCGCGACGUUCAGCAACAGCGGCUCGACCCUCAAUGGGAGCACCUUGGCUUCGGAGACCGAAGACGAGGAGAACGAGGAGGAAGCAACCAAGGUACCGCUGCAGUCAGCCCACCACUCGAGACAACCGGGCUCGCGAAGUAACAACGACCACCACCACCAACGGCACAUGGAUUUUCCCAACAACGCGCACAGCACCAAUUCGACCAUAACCAGCGUCAACAGCAUAAGCAGCUUGCUCAAGGAGAAGCUCCAGUGGACCAUACCUCAAGUUCUGCGCAGCAACAAGCACGAGAACGCGGAUUACAGGCUUCGGCUUUUCGUUGGGUUUCUCUUCCUCUGCAUUAUAUUCCUCGUCGGGUUCGCCCACGUCUACUACAACCAGCACGUGCUGCAACGGGCCUACUUUGACAAAUUCAGGUUCAACAAGAACGAGCGGCUGAUGCACGUGUACAACAGCCACGGCCUGGAGAUCCUCUCCGCCCGACUGGGUGUCGACAUCCCGAGCGGGGCUGGCGUCUUUUCCUGCCUGUCCGAGCACCAGCGCCCCGACAAGUACUGCCUCGAGUGGCUCGGGCACUCGCGCCUCUACCUCGGUCACACGCGACGCGACGCCGCCAACUGCUACCACGUGACCUGGCAGGCCCUCGGGGCCGGGCUCCAGACACGCGACUGCUUCGACUGGUCGCCCCGGCGCGGCCACUGGUACGGAGCCGGCCAGAUCCGCGGCCUGGCCUACCCCCUCGAGCAGGGCCGCCUCGAACCCGCCGCGCCCUUCAUAACCGGCGAUGUGCGUCGGCACCCAUUCGGCAAUGUCCUCAAGCGCUACUUCCUCAACUCGAAGGGCGUCACCAUAAGCGUCGACCCCGAGACACCUCUCUACGUCUCGAUCGGCACCGGUGCCGGGCGAAACGAGCGCGACGGCCAACAACGGGCCAACGACGACGACGACGACGACGACGUCGAGCUGUGCCUGAGCGCGAGGCACGACGACUUUGCCUACAUAAACCACCGCACCGAGCUGCCCCAGUUGAACUACACGAUCUGCGCGGCGGACAACAUGCGCAGCCUCCACGCCUCGAUGGCCGAGAAGUUCCUCUGGGACGGCCUCAAGCCCGACGAGCUGGCUGCGGUCCACGCCCUGCUGAGCGAGCCCGUCUGGCAGAUAUCCCCGACGAGCGAGGCCGACGUCUACAACUACACCGAGGACGUGAUUGCCCUGGGCUUCCUGCGCCAGGGCCACGUGCUCCUUGGCGAACAGUGGCAGCCGAGCGCCGGGGACUUUGUCCUCGACGAGGAGCGCUUCCGCACGAUGCGCGAGACGAUAGACGUGAUGCACCGGCGUGGCUUUCGGAUCGUCUUCGGCCUGCAGCCGUUUAUCUCGACCGAGUCGGUGAACUUCCGGGAGGCCGUGGCAGCGGGUCUGUUGAUCGGCGAGCGGGGCAGCGAGUCCCGGAUCCCGGCCCUCACGCGUUCGAGGGGCGCGGGUAGCGUGGCCGGGGUCCUCGACGUCACCAACGACCGGAGCUUGGCGUGGCUCCGCGCCCGGCUCGAGGCCCUCGCCGAGCGUUACCACGUCGACGCGUUCUACCUCGAUCUGGGCACGGCUCACGACAUGCCCCACCACUACCGGUGCGAGCGCCCCCUGGCGAAUCCCGACGAUUACAAGAGCCAGCUGGUGGAGGCGUUGCUGGGGGCCGCGGUGCCCCUCGUCGGGGUCUCAGGGGCGAUAUCUCGACCCCGGGCGCCGGUCUUUGUCAGUCUGCCGGCCUUCCCGAGCUCCUGGAAGGCCAUCAAGACCGUGAUACCGACCGUGCUGAGCUACGGCGUGGCCGGCUAUCCGUUCGUCAUGCCGGGCGCGGUGGGGGGUGACCUUGGACUGCUGCCCGAUACAACGGGCUCGCAACGGCAGCAGACCGGGGGGGACGUGGAUGGCGACGCUGUCGCGGACGGGGACGUGCAGCUCAGCCUGCCGGAUAGGGAGCUUUACGUGCGUUGGCUGCAAUUGGCGACUUUUUUGCCGGUCAUCCGGUUCACCCACCUGCCGAGCAAGUACGCCGACGAGAGCGUCCUCGAGAUCGCCAAGAGCCUGACGACGUUGCGCCAGAAGACUGUCACGCCGCUGCUGAAAAAGUACGCCAACAUAACGUUGGACACGGGCCUGCCCAUCAUCCGGCCGCUGUGGAUGCUCGAUCCGGCCGAUCCGGCCUGCCAUCUGGUGGUAGACGAGUUCUCGGUCGGCGAGGAGCUCAUAGUGGCUCCGAUCCUCCACUCGGGUAGUCGGCAGCGCGAGGUUUACCUGCCCGCUGGUGUCUGGAAGGACGGCAUCGACAAGAGCCUGCGCAAGGGCUCGCGCUGGAUACACAACUACCGCGUAGCCGAGGACAAGGUCGCCUACUUCGUCAAGAUGCCCGACGACAUGAGGUUUUAGACCGUUGUAUACAAGUAUUUUUCAUACAUACACGACCAAAGAAGGGAGUCAUCCCAACCCGGUGAACAUCUUCUUUUAUUUCUGUUUUUUUUUUUUUUUAAUUAUAUUUUAAGUACAUUCCGCAUCAACUUGACGUUCUUUGCAUUUUAGGAAUAAUUCCAUAUUGUGCACUGUCGGUAUAUGAUUUUUGUGUAAAUAUAUAUACGUGUACGUUUAUUUAACCUAUGUAUAUAUAUUACAGUUUUAUCCAGUCUACUUAUAGAGAUUUUUACGAUAAAUCGACUAAUUGGUAGUAAUUCAAUGUUAGUACUGCAGGAAUUUGGUAGAGCGUUUUUCCACAGAUUUAUGACUGCCGAAUCUAAGAACCUAACCUACAUUAAGUGAUGCAGGGUUAUAUAAAUGUAUUGCAUUGAAUAAUUACCACACAAUAGUUUUAAGCACGUUACUAUUAAUACUUUUCAAGUUCCUUCAUUAAAUUUAUUUCGGUGUGUGUAUUAUCUCGAAAGUUUGUAGGUUAUAUAUAUAGUCUGAAACUCGAAAAUUACAUCAAUUUUUAUGGAUAAACUUAAGGAAUAUUUAGGAUUCAUGCAAUUUUCCGUCGUGAAAGAAAUAUUAAAAUUACUAUUUGUCAACGAGAGCCUGCACGUCAGAACGUGGUAAACAAUCGCUGUCGCAAGUCGGCAAGUAGUCAUAAUACUAUAUGAGCUGUAGACUAAUAUAGUAACUCUAAACUGUCGAACCCUGUCCCUAUUAUCAAGGAUUUGAAUUAUACCCAAAUAAAUAUAAUAGUACGUUGUAUAGCCCCGUAAAAAUUUUUUAAGUAAAUUUAUUGUGUUAUGUAUUGGGUAAGAAAUAACAUUUACUUGUAUAUUAUUAUAUAUAUUCUCUUUAUUUGUACUAAAAAAAAAAUUCGCUCGGACAAAAAGUAUUAUAUGGUUCACUAAAAUUUUGUGACCCAGCCGUUAUUAGUAUUAUAUAUUUUAUAUGACUCAUAAAAUUAAAUAAUAAAAUACCGAUUGAUAAUUUAAA